AUGAUUGAAAAAGGGCCCAUCUUUGUCUCUGGAGCAGAUGGCGAUAAAGGUUAUGCUAUUGUCAAGAAACUGCUUGAUACACCCAACUUACUACGCCUAGAUCCUCAACCUGUUUAUGCUGGCGUUAUCGACACCGAGUCUGAACUAUCACAAGAAAUGGGUUCUCUGGGAGCCAAUGUUUUAUAUUUGAAUGUAUUGGAAAACUAUGACAAGGCUGUGGACGCACUGAAAAAUGCGGCGAAGCUUAUUUUGGUGAUUGACCCAUUGAAUAAACGCAUGGCACAGGACAAUUUGUUCCGAUAUGGGCAAUUGCUAAUUGAUGCAGCAAAAGCAGCCGAUAUUCAACACAUCAUCUUCCUCACACCAUUCUCUAAGCUCGAUCGUCUCACGCCACCCUCUACAGCAUUCACAGCUGAAAAGCAGCCCCCAACGACUUACAGAUCCCAGUUCAUGCUAGUGCAAACUUACCUCGAGUCCGUAUUCAACAGCAAUAUGACCACAAUCCUUUGCUAUCCGGGCAUCCUUCAUCAGCACCUGCUAGUGUUCAAACACUACAUUCAGCAGCACAAUGCGUUUCCCUUGCCCUACAAGUGCCUCGAAAGCUCCGUUGAAUCGUCAAACCUAGACGAUAUAGCAAGAGCUGCUGCUUACAUUGCCCAUUCGCCUACCUCUCGACAUGGCGAUAAGGAAUACAAGCUCACUGGUCCUCAAAUUCUGACACUGAAAGAGGUGUGCUCCAAUGUCCUUCAUGGCUUGGGCUGCAGUAUCCAAGUGGAUACAAUGGAUGUCUAUCACUUGAGAGAUAUCCUGGUUGAGAGCAUGGGAGCUCAGAAUCAUGCAGAUUUCUUGCUGGAGAUUUGGGGAUUACAAAAGCAGCAGCAGUUGCAGGGACGUCGCCGAUUUGAGAUCACACGAGAUUUGGAGGCAUUGACCGGUCAAAGUGGCAAGACGCUGUUGGAGUACAUCCGGGAUGACAGCGUCUCUAGUCAUUUCCGGUCAUCCCAAAGGAUCGCCCUGUCGUGA